GAAAAUCUCUUAAGUGAGGUAACAGCAUGGAGAGCCGGAUGCUAACAAGCCCGAGUGGAUAAAAUACUAAUAUCUAUUAUUAUUAGGUACUUAGGAUCGGUGACACGUCUCAUCAUCGUACCUGGACUUUAAGCAUCAUGGCGAGCGAUCAGGACGUAGCAGCGGUGGGUCAGAUCCUGGUGGAUGGUGAGCAGAACCUCCCAGCACGUUUCCGGGCUCUGUUCACGCUGAGGAACCUGGGAGGAGCCGAGGCGGUCCGGUGGAUCAGCCAGGCUUUCUCAGACGAGUCGGCUCUCCUGAAGCACGAGCUGGCCUACUGCCUGGGUCAGAUGCAGGACGAACGGGCCAUCCCGGUCCUGGAGAGGGUGCUGAGGGACACCAGACAGGAGCCCAUGGUCAGACAUGAAGCAGGUGAAGCUUUGGGAGCCAUCGGAAACCCGACAGUGUUGGACCUGCUGAAGGAAUAUUCCACGGAUCCUGUCGUCGAGGUGGCAGAGACGUGCCAGCUGGCCGUCCGGAGGUUGGAGUGGCUGAAGAACGGAGGCGACGCCGAGGAGGAUCCGGAGGGUGCGGACGGGAACCCGUACCGCUCGGUGGACCCCGCGCCCCCAGCCCAGAGGAAGAGCGCGCCCGAGCUGAGGAAGCAGCUCCUGGAUGAAUCUCUGCCCCUGUUCGAGCGCUACAGAGCCAUGUUCGCUCUCAGGAACCUGGGCACCGAGGAGGCCGCGCUCGCGCUCGGAGACGGCCUCCAGUGCAGCAGCGCUCUGUUUCGGCACGAGAUCGGUUACGUGCUGGGUCAGAUGCAGCACGAGGCCGGGAUCCCUCACCUCCGAGCGGCUCUGGAGGACCAGGCGGAGAACGCCAUGGUGAGGCACGAGUGCGCCGAGGCGCUGGGGUCCAUCGGCCGGGACGCCUGCCUGAGCGUCCUGCAGCGCUACAGAGGGGACGGCGAGCGCGUGGUGAAGGAGAGCUGCGAGGUGGCGCUGGACAUGCUGGAGUACGAGAACAGCGGGCAGUUCCACUACGCCGACGGACUCAUCAGAGUGAACGCCGCUCAGUGACCCUCAUCAUCAUCUUCAUCCUGACCUUCGUUUCAUCCCCCGGUCUCAUAAAAACUUUAUUAAUGUAUAAUAAAUCCAUCAGAUCUUAAUAAAUACAUAUUUAAACAUCA